GAAUUAAGGUUCCGGGAUAUGGUAUUCAGUGUGCAUCUGGAGGCCAAACAAUCAGAUCGCGUCCAUGAGCGGGGAUCCCCUCUGCGGUGCCGCGCUCCGCGUGCAUAGCCGUCGCAAAGCAGCUGAGCUCCUAUUAAAGUCGGCGUUCAAUGCACAAGAACCCGUUUAAUAUUCACGAUAUCAGUACCUAUCAGAGUCUGAUGAGAGAAAGAGACGCCGGGUUCGGACGGCCACUCUCCGCCUUCUGCACAUAGCUCCCCUUCCCAAAAAAUCUAAAACCCUACAAGCCAACGAAAUCUGAAAUCAAGAAUAUAUAAUCUCCAAGAAAUGGCGACGGCGCUCCCAAACGCCUUCCGAUGCCCCAGUUCUCACCCCGCCCGGAGGAGCCUCUUCUUUGGUGGCUCUGUUCCAGUCGCUCCGCUGGUCUCCUUCGUGAGGUUCUCUAGGAUGCCCAUGAGGCAUUAUCGGAUGGUCUGCACAGCUACGUCUGCUGCAGGGAGCCCACAUGCAAAUAGUGAUGAAAACCCAUAUGAGGUUCUUGGUGUGAGUCCUAUAGAAGGAUUUGAUAUGAUGAAGGCAGCCUACACAAGAAGGCGUAAGGAUGCAGAGAGGAGGGGGGAUGAAGCAUAUGUGGCAAAACUAGAGAGGGCAUAUGAUAAAAUCAUGAUGUCGCAGUUACAAAAUCGGAAGAAGGGCCUUGCCUUUGGAUCAUUUAAGGUGUCAAAGGAUAUUAAGUAUGCUGAUAAGCAACCUAUCGUUCCAUGGGGACCUAGGUAUUCCAGGUCUAGUGUAAAAGACAUGCGCAUAAAUAUGGCAAUAUCUGCAGUAUUUACGGUUUGGAUUUUUAUCAAACGCAGUGCUGAAUGGAAGCCUCUGCAGUUUCUAGCUUUCAUUUUUUUCUACCGAAUAUUUGAGAAAUUGAAAUCUUUUGAGCCAGCAGUAUCUCCAACUUUUACUGAGGAUGGUGAGGAUGAAGGUAGGGCAUUACGUAUGGGAAAGCGACUACUUCGGUCUCUUUCACUGGUUUUUGGGUGUAUAGCUGUUUCAUCUUUGGGUUAUACUGGCCUACUUAACCUGAUCGAGUUUCUAGGUCAUUACAUUCCUGUCUUUCUUUACAAUAACCAGGAGCUGUUUGUUACGAUAGCAACAUCCAUCUUGCUCUACAUCAUGGCAUCAUACUACCGAUGAUAGCUAUUGUCAGGUGUUCUGCAGGCCAUUGAAGCUUAGCAUGUUGUCAAAAUUGAGAGCUAUUCUUAGUCCCAUGUCUGUUCUUAUGUAUAGAAAAAGGCACCUUCCCUAGGUGGCUGCCUGUUUUUUGAGUUUAGGCUGUACUCUUAUAUGCUGUAGCUGAGUUUGAUCUCAUUCGGAUGCGCUUGUUUGGCCUUUCCUUGCGUGGAAAUAUUGUGGUUUAGUGUUGGAGUGGCUAUUUCUGUAGCCGGCAAACUCUGCAGCACUAAUCUUUUGAUGACAGGUGAUGUCUUGUCGGUAA